CAUCAGGGUAUUAACUACCCAGGAUUUUCUCUCCUCCAUCACAACUCUACAGGAGGAAGGGGAAAAAAAGAAAAGAAAGAAAAACAAAAACCCGAGUAAAAAUGGAAAAGUCCUUGUGCGUUUUGGCUUCUUUGCUCUCUCUCGCCGGUUUUAUACGGGGAGCUGAAUGGACGGCAGAGAGUUUUUCUCUCUUACCGAACCACACGACCCCUGAGUCAGCGAAGUGGACCGAGGCUCCGACUGCGGCGGAGCGGAGCGGAGACGGAGCGACUCCGGCGGCAGGAACAGAGCCGCUCCGCUCCACGGCGAGUCCUGCGGUCAGUGAACGCAACGCCAGGGCAGACAAGCGGGGAGAAGAGGGGAGAAGAGGGGAUCCCAACACGAAAGAUGAUAAGAAAGCAAAACUGGACUGCCCUCCGCUCGGCCUGGAGUCGCUGAGAGUCGACGACAGCCAGAUGCGAGCCUCGUCCCAGGAGAGGACGGGUCUGGGUCCCCACAGAGGGAGGCUGAACAUCCAGUCGGGGAUCGAAGACGGAGAUCAGUACGACGGAGCCUGGUGCGCCGCGUUCAAGGACCAGCACCAGUGGCUGGAAGUGGACGCCAUUCGCCUCACCCUGUUCACCGGCGUCAUCCUGCAGGGCAGGAACUCAAUCUGGAGUUGGGAUUGGGUCGAGAGCUACAAGGUUCAGCUGAGUAACGACACUGUGGAGUGGCAGACCUGCAUGAACGGAACAGACGAGGCGAUAUUCGAAGGGAACCAGAACCCGGAGGCUCCUGUUCUCGGGCUCCUUCCCAUCCCCACUGUGGCCCGUUUCAUCCGCAUCAACCCUCAGACCUGGUACUCCAACGGGACCGUCUGCCUCAGGGCCGAGAUACUCGGCUGCCGUGUCCACGAUCCAACAGAUCCGUACCCCGACCAGCAGGAAAGAGGCUCGAGGGAUAAUCUGGACUUCAAACACCAUGACUACAAAGAGAUGAGAAAGCUCAUGAAGUCCGUGACCGAGGAGUGUCCAGACAUCACCCGCAUCUACACCAUCGGCAAGAGCUACACGGGCCUCAAACUCUACGUCAUGGAGAUAUCGGAUAACCCUGGGAAACAUGAACUCGGUGAGCCAGAGUUUCGCUACGUGGCGGGGAUGCAUGGAAACGAGGCCCUGGGUCGAGAGCUCGUCCUAAACCUCAUGCAGUAUUUAUGCAAAGAGUACAAAAAGGGCAACCAGCGCGUCGUACGGCUGGUCACAGAGACGCGGAUCCACCUGCUGCCCUCCAUGAACCCCGACGGACAUGAAGUAGCUUACAAGAAGGGCUCAGAACUGGCCGGCUGGGCCGAAGGGCGGUACAGUUACGAAGGAAUCGACAUGAAUCAUAACUUUCCAGAUCUCAACAACAUCAUGUGGGAUGCCCAGGAGACUGCAGCUGAUCCAUCUAAAGUGUCCAACCACUACAUCCCCAUCCCAGAGUACUACACGCAGGAAGACGCCAUGGUUGCGCCAGAGACCCGCGCCGUCAUCAGCUGGAUGCAGGAUAUUCCCUUCGUGCUCAGCGCAAACCUCCACGGCGGGGAGCUGGUCGUCACGUAUCCCUUCGACUGCACCCGCGACUGGGCCCCCCAGGAGAACACCCCCACGGCGGACGACGCCUUCUUCCGCUGGCUGGCCACCGUGUACGCCUCCACGCACCUGGUGCUGGCCAACCCGGACCGCCGCAUCUGCCACUACGAAGACUUCCAGAUGCACAACAACAUCAUCAACGGCGGAGCCUGGCACACGGUCCCAGGCAGCAUGAAUGACUUCAGCUACCUGCACACCAACUGCUUGGAGGUGACCGUGGAGCUGUCCUGCGAUAAGUUCCCUCAUGCCAGUGAGCUUCCUGUGGAGUGGGAGAACAAUAAGGAGUCUCUUCUGGUUUACAUGGAGCAGGUUCACAGAGGAAUUAAAGGCGUCAUCAGAGACAAGAGCACCAAACGAGGAAUAGAAAACGCUGUGGUCAAGGUGGAAGACCACGACCACGACAUCAGAUCAGCCGCCGACGGGGACUACUGGCGCCUGCUGAACCCCGGCGAGUACAAGGUGGUCGUUUGGGCCGAGGGAUACUUUCCGUCCAUGCGUAGCUGCCGCGUCGGCUUGGAGCCUCAUCCGACGAUCUGCGACUUCGCCCUCACCAAAACGCCCAUACAGAGGCUGAAGGAGCUCCGGGCCAAAGGAGAGAAGAUCCCGAGGGACCUCCAGCUGCGGCUCCGCGCUCUCCGGAUGAGGAAGCUCCGUGCCAGCACCAAGGCCAUCAACCGCCGCAGAGAGAGCCAGGCGAGGCGAGCGCGCUCCUCAUGAGGGCCGGAGAGGAAUCGGAGAGGACGAAGGGCCGAGGAAGACUCUGAAAUGACAUGGAUUAUUGGCUAAAAAAAAAAAAAAAGAAGUGAAAUGUAACUGAUUUUAA